AUGUCUCACAGUCCUCCAGUGGAGGAUCCGGUCGUCGUUCCAGUCUGGAUCUAUAACUUCGCCAAAUAUAUUUCACAGGGCAAGUACAUUUUUGCUAUCCUGUGUGCGAGCGCUCUAGUUAUCAUUUUGUUCGGCCUUGGGAUAGCGAGUUACGCACUAAUACGAUACAUCGAUAGAAGCUGUGUUGGGUGUAUGGAUGGUCCUCGCCUGGUAGCAAGGCAUCCUCAGGAGCUGUUUGUCGCCAGAAACACCAAUAAAGCAGACGAUGUGCCUACAAGCUAUUUCAUCUUUCUCAAUCAAUCUUUCCAUCCUGUUUCGCGCUUCAUUUACCUUGAAACCCAUGACAUGAUGCUAUGCAUACGUUUCACAUCAAAAGCACGUCUUCUAUAUCAUGAAUCAUGUAGCCACCGUGCCAUACACGGGUAUUUCCAUUUCCGAUCUAGAAAAUGGGUACGACACGUAUCAGUCUCCCACAGUAACAGCCAUAGCGUCAAUAUUCCCGUUGGAAACAACGGUUCUAUAGCACUCAACUCAUUGACAAAACAAUCCCAGGAACGUGUCAUCAUCAACCUUCCUGCAGGCCCGAUCUUCAACCUACUUUAUUCUCAAUCAUCUGGAGAGGCUAUCCCUCAAACAGUUAACAACGGCGACAAUGCACCCAUUGCAGAAGCUGAGCGACUGUCACAAAUAGCGUCCACCACGUCCUCGACAAUAGUGACAGUCAACUACCGUCUGGGGAAUUCCCCAGCCAGUCCCAAUGAACUAACUAUUAACCGAAACCCAUACAAAUACCCUACUCCCAUCCACGACACGCUCGCCGGGUUUGACUGGGUCCAGAAGACUCUUCAGCCCCAGCGCCUAGGGAUCCUAGGCACGCACAUGGGCGGCUCCCUCGCUCUCAUGCUCUCCCUAACAGAAGCACGAUCCAUCCAAGCAGUAGCGGCCAUUGACCCCAUCUGCGACUGGACUUCGCUUGAUGAGCAUUGCAUUCAACAACCACCCUCCAGUGAUGCUGAUGGACACAUCAUAUCAAGCAGCCGCAGGAAAGGCCCCCGCGGAGGAGGAACUGCACCCCGCGACCUCGUUCCCCUUCUUACCGCAAGAAAAGCGUUUUUCUCCACUCCCGAGAAAUAUUCCGACGCAUUUGCGUCGCCGUUGCUAUUUCUUCGCUCGCCAGGGAAGAAUGUUCCUCGUCUUUUCCCGGAGUAUCUUACCGGCCCGGAGUACCCAGUUCCUGUUCUGAAGGCGAGAGAUAGUGUAUCUGCGGAAGAUGAUCUCAUCGAUUACUUCUGGGAUGUGUACCUUGGGGAAGAGGACAGCAUGAGUGAGAUGUCUAGUAACGGUGAGACAAAACGAGGUCCGCCUCGUCGGCGGAAGGCGAUCUCCCGAUGGCCCCCGUUCGGCCUUGAUUACGGGAAUAGUGGUCCGGCGUGGCAUAAUCCUGGUCAUGGGAUCAAGCGCCUCGAGAUGGAACUUCCUUGGGUGAGGAUCUUUACUCAGGCCGAUGAUUCUGUGUCUGAAUCGAAAGCCCCUGUAAAGAGCAAGAAUACAAAACCAAGCGUGCUAUCUCAACAGGCCAAGGAAAUGAUCGAUGUCAUGCGAAGAUCUUGCUUCUGGGGGCGCGAAAAGGGAUAUAGCGAGAGUAGAGUCACUCUUAGUUUAUAUCCCCAUGAUCAGCAGGUGGAUGAUGCAAGGGAAUUGGCAGGCUUAUGGCUACGAGGAAAGAUGGCGGAUUGA